AAUACUUCUAAGAUCUGAGUGCAUUGUAAUAGAUGACCAUUACUUUAUCACUAGUUGACGUAGACGAGAGAAACCCUGACAAUGCCCAAGUCUUUACUUUUGGUGAUGGUCCAGCUGCUGAUGACACUCUCAGUGACCUUGGCAGGUCAAGGUUAUUCAACAGCCUGUCCAGGAGGUCAGAUCAAGAGUCCAAACUAUCCACACAAUUACGACGACAAUCUUAAUCUUCACUGGACACUAACAGCUCCGACUGACCAAAGGAUUAUACUCAAUUUCACAAAGUUACCUGCCCUUGAAUGUUGUUGUGAUUUUCUGAAGAUCUACGCCGGCAGCACUGCAGACCAUGAGCCUAUUGCAACGUAUUGCUCCGACAAGGAGGAGACUCUCAUCGCGUCCCCGGGAAACGCCUUGUUCGUCACCUUCUCUAGCGACGAGACAGUUUCCGACUCUGGAUUCUCAGCCACUUACUUUUGUUUGGAUUGCAACAAGUACCUUACAAACCCCACUGGGGAUAUUUCAAGCCCGCUCUACCCAGACAACUAUAUAAAUGACGCCUCCUGCUCCUGGCUGAUUGAAGUUCCAGAAGGGAAUCAAAUUCUUCUUACCUUCGUCAGACUCGAACUGGAGUGUGACAGUGACAAGGUCCAGGUCUACGACGGGAAAGACGAUGGGGCUGACCUUAUCGUUGACCUUUGCACCUACCCGAGUGAGAAUGCCCUUUUGUCCUCCUCCAACACACUCUAUGUGACCUUCACCUCUGACAGCUCCACGACGUACCCUGGCUUUCUGGCAACUUACACAGAAUACACUUGCGGAGAUGUCCUAACAGACUCCUCUGGUAGUUUCACCAGCCCAAACUACCCCGGAAACUACUAUAGCAACUUGAACUGUGAAUGGACAAUCAGAGUACAGGAGAAUUGUGUUGUGUUACUGAAUGUGAUCUACGUCGAUACGGAAUGUGAAUGGGAUGAACUGAAAGCCUACGAUGGAAGCAACAGCGACUGUUCUCUGCUGGGCAGUUUCUGUGAUAACUAUCCACAGACCGUCCAGUCGACCUCCAAUACAAUGUACUUGACUUUCAACCCUGACGACAGCGGCGUCGGUCGAGGAUUCCAGGUGUUGUACUCUACCAAGUGUCCCACUGCCAGCCCUCCAGUGACCAACGUCUACCCAAAGAUUGGAACCUACCCAAAGAUUGGAACCCACCCAAAGAUUGGAAUCCUCCCAAAGAUCGGAUCCAUUGUUCACAAAUUGAUAGAUUUCAAAAAAUCUUUACUUUUUCACAAGAAAUAAAUAUUUAUUCUUGCCGUGCUUGUGUUUCAGAUCAUAUAGUUCCAAUAGACUCAGAGAAGUAUAACAUAGAACUAACAUAAAUACAUUCUUAAAUAAAAUAAUGAUUAAAUUA